AUGUGGGAAAUGCGAAGCCCAUCGCUCACGCGUGCGGAAGAUCUCGAGUCAGUUUUGAGAAAAGCUAGCCGAUCCGAUCAGAGGCCUGCUCAGCGCCCGUAUCGUUCGGGCUUUAAGGUUCCCAUGGGCAUCCUCAUCGUAGUCAUCGUGAAGAAGAACGGGCCUGAGGAGCUGAUGGUCUACCCUAUGCCGUUGGUUACAGACCCGCUCGAAGUCCUGGACAAGUACAGGUGGUACUGCUCCUUGGACAUGGCCAGCGGAUCCUGGGUGGUCCCAAUGACGGACCGCGCUAGACUCACAUCAGCCUUCAUCACGCCGUUCGGCAUGUCUGAAUGGUUACGCAUACCUUUUCGGAUUAUAUACCAGCGGCUCAUAGACAACGCGUUGUACGGAUUUUGGAAGCUGUCGCUCACCGGCGGCACCAGUGAUGUAUUCAACACCGGAGAUCCAGCGAAGCCCAGACCGAGAUAG